AUGAUCUACGGAGGACGUGCAGUCGCCGGGCUCGGCAUCGGGGCAUCCUCCAUGGUCGUCCCGGUCUACAUCUCCGAAACCGCCCCGCCGUCCAUCAGGGGCCGACUCGUGGGCAUCUUUGAGAUUGCCUCACAGGGCGGUGGGAUGCUUGGCUUCUGGAUCAACUACGCCUGCGACCGCACCAUCGACGUCAACGGGCAGAAACAGUGGAUCGUGCCUCUGGCGCUCCAGCUCGUCCCCGGGCUACUGCUCCUUCUCGGCGUUACGUGGUGUCCCGAGUCGCCCCGGUGGAAAGCACGUGGGGAUGACUUUGAGGCUGCAGAGCGGAUACUGACCAAGAUCCGCGGCCUUGACUCCAACCAUGCCUAUAUUCAGCAUGAGAUGGCCGAGAUCCGCGCUCAGGUCGAAGAGCGUAGUACCAACAAGCUUAGCAAGAAGGCACAGUUCACGAAGCUUUUCCAGAAGGGUGUGCGCAACCGUAUGGCUAUAGGCCUUGCGCUCAUGUUCUUGCAGUCCUUCACUGGUGUUAACAUCAUCACUUACUACGCACCUCGCAUUUUCGAAACUCUCGGCAUCACUGGCACUUCUACCAAGCUCUUCUCCACUGGUUUCUACGGAAUCGCCAAGACACUCGGCAUGUUCACGUUCACCUUCAUCGUCGUUGAACGAGUUGGCCGCCGCAAAGGCCUCGUAUGGGGUGCUGCUCUGGGCUGUAUCCCCAUGUGGUACAUCGGAGGGUACGUGAUGAAGAGCGAUCCAGCUGCUGCCGCCCUGCGGGGAGUCGUCAACCGCGAUGGUUGGGGCUAUCUUGCCAUGGUCUGCGUCUACAUCAAUGCCUUCAUCAUCUGCGCAACCUGGCAGGGUAUCACUUGGACCUACGCAUCUGAGAUCUUUCCCCUCGACAUCCGCAUGCUCUGCGUGUCUCUCACCACCGCCGACACCUGGCUCGGAUCCUUCAUCAUUGCGCGCAGCACGCCCUACAUGAUUUCAGAUCUUGGCUAUGGCGCAUACUUUUUCUUUGCGGCAAUCCUCGUUUCUAUGGGUGUUUGGGCAUUCUUCUUUGUUCCAGAGACGAAGGGUAUCUCCCUUGAAGAGAUGGAUGCUCUGUUCUUACGGCCCAUGCACAGAGCAGUAUGGGCGCAACUACGCGGAAGGCCCAUUCUAUCGGAAGAGCAAGUUGUCGCAAGAACGAAAGGGAUAGACCCCAUAAGAGAUGAAAAAGAGAUUGAUAUUGAGGGCGUUAAACAUGUGGAAAGGAGGUAG